UCCCUCUCUUCCCCACGUUCCAUUUCUGAGGUCAUUACAAAUCCAGAAGUUCCAAGCAUAGAGAACAUCUGUGUUAGAGGGUAGACAGAGACCUGAGCAGCUCGGAAAACAAGCAACGGAAAAGCACAUGGAAAGAGAGAGAGAACAGUGACGGCAGAUAUAUUCAUCGAGCGAUUGUCAGAAGUGAAAUCAUCCUGCCUGCUCAAGGGAGUGAGGGGCACAGGGUGAGAGGGGGGCGGAUGCACACUCUCUACUCUCUUGCCCUGCGUUUUUGUUGCCCCUUCCGCCAACUUCGUCGCUCCUCUCCACCACCACAACCUCUGAUUCCACCGUCUGUGCCUGCUUCAGGCGCAAGUACCCCGUGGUGUGUCUGUGGCAUGGAGAAAGAGAGGGAGGAUGAAGAGACGGAGGGGAGGGAGAGACCGGAGCCACUGACGGAUGUGGAGCGGGGCAUCAUUCAGGACACCUGGGCGCGUGUUUACAAGAGCUGUGAGGAUGUGGGCGUCACUAUACUGAUCAGAUUCUUUGUGAACUUCCCCUCAGCAAAGCAGUACUUCAGUCAGUUCCAGCACAUGGAAGAUCCAGAGGAGAUGGAAAAGAGCUCUCAGCUGAGGAAACAUGCCCGCCGUAUCAUGAAUGCCAUCAACACAGUUGUGGAGAACCUUCAUGACCCAGAGAAAGUUUCAUCUGUUCUGGGACUAGUGGGAAAAGCACAUGCACUCAAAUACAAAGUGGAGCCAAUGUACUUCAAAAUCUUAAGUGGGGUUAUUCUGGAGAUACUUGCUGAGGAUUUUGGAGAGUGCUUUACACCAGAAGUGCAGACAUCCUGGACCAAACUAAUGGCAGCAUUGUACUGGCAUAUCACAGGGGCCUAUACUGAGGUGGGGUGGCUCAAACUCUCCAGCUCAGCGGUCUGAAAUUAGGCAUUCAUUCCCACUGCACAUGAACACUGGUUAUAACCCAUCAGCUUGGCUAGCCAAAGGACUGACUUAAUAGAAAAAAAAGAUACAAAGAAUAGAGUCAGAAAGAAGUUUUCCAUCAUUCUCAUUCACCUUGUUUAAUACAUUUUUUGUGUAUAUAUAACUACAUCCUCUUAGAUGUUGCCUGUGUUGUGUAGUGUAAUGUGCUUGUGUGUCUUUUAGACGUGUUUCAAUAUCUAUAUCAAAACAAAUCACAACUGAACACAUCACAGUUCAUUAUGUCACACUUGAAUUACAAUACCUACUGAAGACCAAUGAAAAUGAAUAGCAUAAACAUGUUGUCCCUUUGUCAACUUCAUCAAGAUAUUAUAUUGUAUCAUAUUGUUCUCUAAAAUACAAACCACACAAAAGUCUUGAUUUUCAUUGAAUCUAACCUUAUUGUUGCAUACAUUUAAAAAUGCCAUAUUCAAGAAGUGACCCAAUAUUUUUAGAUCUGCAGUUUAAUGCUGUAUCAGACCCCAGAGAUCACAAUUACUAAAUUAAAUCUAACUCAUUAAUAUGUUAACAAAAACACAAAUUUGAUUCAUGAUUGGAAUCUGGAAUCAGGAAUGUGCUGAUGAUAAAAUAGAUAUAAAAAAAAAAUCUCUCAGACACUCAGAAACACACAAUUCCAAAUAGUGGGGCAAUAAUACACACAUAUAAAAUUCAUGGCUGAUUAUGAUCUAUUCUAUUAAAUCAUGCAUUAUAUGUCCUUGAACUACACAGUGUGUUUUAUUAUACAGUGUAAGUUUGUGGUUAUUUGAGACUGAUUUUGUUAUUUUGAUUAGUUUUUACUUUUAUCUAGUUUAUCCAAGCAUCCAUCCUUCCACACAUGCCUUACAGUGUUAUUCCACGUAUACCUCACUUCAUCUCCAGCAAAACAAUAAUCUUUUUCUUUAUAAAAUAGGCUUCUUCUCAGCUUUUCCUUCACUCUUCUCCUCCUUUUCUAUGUCUUCACUCUUUGUCUUUUUUUCUCUCUUUCUGUAUUACCAUGACAUAUUUUUCCAUUAUAUAGCUAAUUCCACCGGCUGGCAGUGAGCCUGUCUCUGUGCAAUGGCCUGUGCCAAGUUUUCCUUGAAUCACACACAUCCACAAAUGCACACAAACAACGGUAAAUCUGUAUGCGCCACGAUUUACUAAGACUGACUGCAGACUGUUUCAAAACAUGUUUUUCUGAAUUUGUGCUCAGCAUAGUAUUGAUAUAUUUCCCAAAAUGCUAAUUAAUGUAACAGCACACACACACACGCACACACACACACACACACACACACAUGUGAACAUGGAUAUUUUGUGGUAAACUUUAUAUUUUUCUAGCUAUUACAGUUUCUGUAUUUCAGUUUAUUACAGUGUCUCAAUAUCAACAGACUGUAUGUUUUUUUUUUUUCUUUUGGUACAUUAUACUAAUCUUGGAAGAGUCAUACUACUUCAUAAAUAUUACAUAAACAAAAAAUGAAUAUGAAAAUGAAUAUAAUAAAUACUAUCUACAAGCAUGUGAUGCAUUAUCUGUUAUUACUGUUAUACUGCGUUUUUUGACUUUCAGAAAUCUCUCUUUUCUUGGACUACUGCCACCUGUCAUGUGGUCCUUACUCUUAUCUUAGUCCCAUCUCUUUGCUGACACAUUUUCAGAGUUUAUGUAUUUUAGAGAUUAAAACUAACUUUAUUAACAGUCCAGACAAAACAAUGUUUGGCUAUGUUACUUACUAGUGGGUAUGUUUACACAACAACAGUCUACUAAAAACGGAAAAGUUUUUCCUUUGUGUUUUUGAAAGGUUUCACAUACAUACAACAACUUUGUAAAAAUGAUGCCCAUUCACAUGGAUCUGUUAAAAUGAUUAAAACAGUGUUAUGUACUAUUAUAUUAUUA